UUUCCUUGAAUUAACCUGGGCUUUCACAGCUAUCCUAUAAUGUCUACAUUGAUAAAAUGUAAAGUUCAUUCUGUAGUUUUAUUUUCAAUAAUUAAUGCAUAUGAACGUCGAAAUGAAGAAGAUCAAGAUUUAAUAGGGAUUUUAUUAGGUUCACCAGAUAAAGAUGUUGUAGAGAUUACCAAUUGUUUUCCUAUUACUCUUAUAAAGAAAAAGGAUGAGAUAUUUAUGGACUCUGAGCUUGCCAGUAGUAUGUAUGAGAUUAAUAAAAAAGGAAACGCAAAUGAAAUUAUAGUUGGAUGGUUUACUACUGAUUCCAAUAUAAAUAGUGCUACUUUUGAAAUUCAUGCUCAAUAUUCUAAAUUAAGCAAUAAUCCCAUAUUACUAACCUUAGACACCUCAUUAAAAAAUAAUAGAAUGGAUUGUAAAGCCUACAUCAAUCAAAACAUGGGAGUACCAGAAAAAUUGUUUGGUUCGAUGUUCAUGCCUAUUGAUAUAACUAUUGUCAAUUAUCCUUGUGAAAAAAUAGCAAUUGAUACUUUGGUGAAAGAUGAAAAACGUUUACUUAAUACACUGAUAACUAACCAAGUUAGUCCUGCUGUCAAUUUAGGUCUAUCAAACUCUGAUUCUCCAUCCUUAUCAAACUAUAAUGCCGUUAAUUUUAAUAACCCCACUCGUCUCCCAACAAAAACGGUGUUUCCCGUAAAUCCUUCAGACCUGUCCAAGUUAAGUAUGGCCCUGGAAGAAAUGAUCGAAAAAUUAAAGCUUCUUAAGAAAUACACAGAAAGUCAUAAUAACAAUGCCAGUAAUAAUUUAAACAUUAAUUACAAUGGUAAAGUGGAUACAUCAUCUUUUGGGGGUUCGGUGGAUUUGGUUGACUUAGGACGAACUCUUAAAGAGUUGAUUGGAUGUGUACCCAUCAUGGAAAAGGGCCAAUUUGAAGAACUGUUUAAAGGAAACAUGAAAGAUAUGAUGAUGAUAUUAUACGUCUUGAAAUUACUGCAAUGUCAAGUUAAUGUACAAGCUAAACUAAACAUGCUUUGAAUCUAAUAUUUUUAAUGAUAUAUAAUAUAAAAUUAUUCAUAAGAUAUUUAAUUUUAUAUAAUAAAGUCUGAAAUCUGAA